AUGGCUCCGACUCCUGUACCCUAUGAAUAUGUGAAUUUUCAGCCGGAAUACGCAAAUUUUAAAUAUCAUCGAGAUUAUGUGACGUUUCUCUACUUUUUCACAUUUUUAUGUACCAUUCCAUCAAUUUAUUGUACUGUAAGAAUGUGGAUUUUCAAUUUUUCCGCGGGAUUUUUGAAAAUUCGCAAGGGAAUUCAUCCGUAUGUCUAUAAGUCGUUUUUGUUAAUGCAGACAUGCAAUUUGGCGUAUACUGUACUGGAUUUUGCACUGGUUCGGAUUCCCUCAACUUCCAUAGCUACAAUUUAUUUUUUGAAUAUGAAAAGCGACAGUAUUGUUAGGUACUAUAUUGCUUUGUACUACUGCUUGGACUAUUGUUGUCAGUUAUUUACAGUGGCGUUUUGUUUUGGAAGAGUUGUAAUUUUAAUUAAUAGCAAAAUUAACUUGAAAAGAUGUCGAAAUGUAUUUUUUGGUUGGACUAUACUUGUUGUGAUCUUUAGUAUGGGAGCAGCUUAUCCACAUAUCACUCAUGGUGCAAUCGCCAUGCAAUUGGACGUUCCUUUUCAGUAUGGCGCGAUUAUUUUGACAACUGAGUUUGUCAUUGGAAAUGGAGCUCAAAUAAUUGGUGGGCUCAUUUUCUCAACUUUAAUUAUAAUUUUAAUUGUCCUUCUGUGUGGAAUAGUAAUUUUCAAGGUGCAUCGUCUUCGAAAAUUAAGCCAGGCUCUCAACACAACUCAAAGGAAAUCUGCGGAAAGAACUCUUACAGUAACCACUAUUAUCAUUAUUGUACCAUUAAUAAUGACACAAAUUUUAGCGGCCUGCAGCUUAAACCCGUCGAGCUUAACCGGAUACGUCAUUUUGCUCCGCCCACUUUUUAUCGAUUGCCGUGUAAAUAUCGUGUAAUGCUAUUUUUAUUGGAAUCAUCCGGUUUUUACGAAAAAGUGA